GAGAGCUGAGAAGCAGAAAAAUGGCGCCGACGUGAGCGUGAGCCCGUGUCGCCGAGGAAGUCCUCCCUGCUGGAGCCAGAGCCGCCGAAGGCACGGGAACCAGAGGUCUAACUGAGUAGAGGAUGGAGGAACCAUCUACGCCCAGCUCGGACACGCUGGCCACUGUAGAAUCCAGCUCCAGUGAGCCUGACAAGGAGGUGGCAUCACCAGAUGUGGCAGCUACAGCCACUUUUUCGUCCGUGGAGGAGCCUGGUCCUAACCCAACAGCCACGCCACCAGUGUGGGACCGUGGAGGACCUCAGCAGCAAGUUGCCUGUCCAGCCCCAGACAGCUGCCAGACUGGCUCAACCAACACAGGCGUGGGGACCACUGAAGAGCUUCGGUUGCCCAGACGACGUCCACCACCAGGGAAACAAAUACCCUGCUCUAGCCCUGGCUGCUGCCUCAGUUUCCCCAGCGUUCGUGAUCUAGCACAGCAUCUCCGUACCCACUGCCCACCCACGCAGUCACUGGAAGGCAAACUCUUCCGAUGCUCAGCCCUGAGCUGCACUGAGAGUUUCCCCAGCAUGCAAGAGCUGGUAGCCCACGGCAAGCUGCAUUACAAGCCCAAUCGCUAUUUCAAGUGUGAGAAUUGCCUCCUGCGCUUCCGCACUCACCGCUCGCUCUUCAAGCAUCUGCAUGUUUGUAUAGACCAUGGUCAGAGCCCAGCCCCGCCACCACCCCCUGCCCUGGACAAAGAGCCACCUGUACCCGAGCGUCCCCCAGAGUCCGACCCUUCGUCCUCCCUGGGCCUGCCAUUCCCACUACUUGAGCCUUUCACCUCUGCCCCCACUGGGCCCUUCCUUCCGUACUUAAACCCUACACCCUUUGGCCUGAGUCCCCCUCGACUGCGCCCAUUCCUGGCUGCCACUCCAGGGCCACCAUCGUCCAGCACUGCCAUCUGGAAGAAGAGUCAAGGUGCUACCAGUAGUCCCAGAAGACCUCAGGGCGGCUCCGAUGCGCCCUCAGGCGCGUGCAGGUGACCACCAGGGCAGGGUGGAGGGGCCUUCAUUCCUGUGCUCUGUGCAGGCCCUGCCUGUCCCUAAAAAUACAUGAUUUUUACCUUUAAA